AUGAAAGAUUCGAAGGAAUUUGCAUUAGAAUUGUUCGAUGCAUUAGGCAGACGACGAAGAUUGAAAGUUGACAAGAUCAGCAGAGAUGAACUCUACGAAUUUUGGUCCCAAAUUACCGAUCAAAGUUUCGAUUCCAGGCUCCAGAUUUUCUUCGACAUGGUAGACAAAAAUGAAGAUGGUCGAAUCACCGAAGAGGAGGUUAAGGAGAUUAUUAUGGUAAGUGCCUCUGCAAACAAAUUGUCGAGAUUAAAAGAGCAGGCGGAGGAGUACGCGGCUCUGAUCAUGGAAGAGUUAGACCCCGAAAGGCUUGGAUACAUUGAGCUGUGGCAGCUGGAAACACUACUGCUACAAAAGGACACGUACCUAAAUUACAGCCAAGCCCUCAGCUACACGAGCCAAGCCCUGAGCCAAAACCUUCAUGGGCUCAGAUACAAAGGCCCAAUAAGAAGAAUCAGCACUAAAUGUAUCUACUUCCUGCAUGAAAAUUGGAAGAGAAUCUGGGUUUUAAUCCUGUGGGUCGCGCUUAUGAUAGGCCUUUUCGUAUGGAAAUUCUAUCAGUACAAGCAAAAGGACGCGUACAAAGUCAUGGGCUACUGCCUUCUCACGGCUAAGGGCGCAGCCGAGACUCUGAAGCUCAACAUGGCUCUCGUGUUAUUCCCUGUGUGCAGGAACACCAUUACUUGGCUGAGGUCCUCUAAGCUCGGCUAUUGUGUGCCGUUCGAUGACAACAUCAACUUUCACAAGACCAUUGCAGCAGCGAUCGUGGUUGGUAUCAUACUCCACGCAGGCAACCAUCUUGCUUGCGACUUUCCGAGGCUUACAAAUGAAUCCGAUUCCAAGUACAACCUUUACUUGAUUCGCGAUUUCGGUGAUAUUCAGCCCAAGUACAUUGACCUCGUUAAAGGGGUCGAGGGCGUGACAGGAAUUAUGAUGCUGAUUUUCAUGCUAAUUGCUUUUACAUUGGCUACAAGUUGGUUUAGACGAAGCCUAAUUAAGCUGCCUAAGCCGUUAGACAGGCUAACCGGCUACAACGCUUUCUGGUAUUCUCACCACCUCUUCGCCUUCGUCUACAUCUUGCUUAUCAUCCAUGGCACUAACCUCUAUCUCGUUCACGACUGGUACAAAAUGACGACAUGGAUGUAUAUUGCAAUCCCUGUACUUUUAUACGCGGGAGAAAGAAUCCUGAGAUACUUCCGGUCAGGAUUCCAUAGUGUUCGGCUCUUGAAGGUUGCGAUUUAUCCGGGAAAUGUGCUAUCCUUACAAAUGUCAAAGCCUCCGCAAUUUAAGUAUAAGAGCGGACAGUACAUGUUCGUCCAGUGCCCAGCUGUCUCUCCAUUCGAAUGGCAUCCAUUUUCAAUAACCUCGGCACCGGACGACGAUUACCUCAGCAUUCACAUACGACAGUUAGGAGAUUGGACACACGAGCUCAAGAGGGUAUUCUCCGAGGCAUGCGAGCCUCCUGUUAGUGGGAAGAGCGGCCUACUCCGAGCCGACGAAAAUACCAAAAAAAGUUUGCCGAAGCUACUAAUAGACGGACCAUACGGAGCUCCAGCUCAAGACUACAGGAAAUACGAUGUCCUCUUACUCGUCGGUCUUGGAAUUGGUGCCACCCCUUUCAUCAGCAUCUUGAAAGACUUACUCAACAACAUCCUCAAAAUGGAGGAGCAGGCUGAUUCGCUUUCGGAUUUCAGCAGGUAUUCAGACCAAAGUGUGGGUUCUUUCGAUUCUCCAGCUCUUAACAAGGCUUCUCCUAAAAGGAAGAAAGCACUUCGGACAACAAACGCUUACUUCUAUUGGGUGACGAGGGAGCAAGGCUCGUUUGAUUGGUUCAAAGGUGUCAUGAAUGAAGUUGCAGAACUUGAUCAAAGGGGUGUGAUCGAGAUGCACAACUAUUUAACUAGUGUGUACGAAGAAGGGGAUGCUCGUUCAGCUCUCAUAACCAUGGUCCAGGCUCUCAACCAUGCUAAAAACGGCGUCGAUAUUGUGUCCGGAACAAGGGUGAGAACGCAUUUCGCGAGGCCGAAUUGGAAUAAAGUUCUCUCUAAAGUUGGUACCAAACAUGCCAAUGCAAGAAUAGGAGUUUUCUACUGCGGGGCACCCGUUUUGGCGAAAGAACUCAGCCAACUCUGCAACGAGUACAAUCAGAAGGGCUCAACCAAAUUCGAAUUCCACAAAGAGCAUUUCUAAAAGACGAAAACUCGAUAUACAUAUGGAAAGAUAUUCAUAUAUAAUAUACUUAAUAUAUAUAUAUAGCGUUAUAUUUUUUGUCCCAUUCUUGGCCCGAAAAUCAAAUACGGGAAAUAUUGCAAGAAGGAAAUAAAUAUUUGUAUAGUCCUUUUGCAGGAAAUUAAGAUGUAGAAUAGUAGAAAAAGGAUACACAUAUAUAUACAAGUAUAUAUAUAUUUUUUGAGAGGAGUUCCAUGAUCAGCCAAGACGACCAACAGAACGGGACGGCCACUGAGCAACGGCCAUGUGGCGGGACCAACGGUUGACACCUGGCUUUUCCACCAUGGAAAGAUCUGAGUGCCUUACAGCAUAAAGAGGUUUGUCUUGUUGGAUUUUUGGGACAUGUCUUUUUGUUUCAACUCUUAUAAUUAUUAGAUUCUUCGUAAGACGAUCUUCCACUUUCCUUUGGUUUCGAUUGAGGCGGGCUCGUAAUAUUCCUCGUAGAACAGCACGCGUAUUGUAAAAUGGAGAAUCUAAUAUCAUGUUUACUCCUAGUUUUGGAAUUUGUUCACCGGAGACACGAGAAAUAAUACACGUAAAUGUAUAUUAUGGAAGUUGAUUUUGAGUAAUAUAGUUUUCGUCGUUAA